UGGUAUUUCCUCUUCCUCACUGACCAACGAAAAGAUAUUAUAUAGGAGAUAGACAUUCACAUAAGCCGGCAAUAACAACGUUCAGUAUCUCUUAAUACGAAGUAGAACGUAAUUGGUGUUAGUUCGGCAACUUAAAGUCAUUUUAAAUCGUGUUUUAUUCAGCUUGAAAAGAGAAUAAAUCAAGAAUGGCGGAAAUUAAACAAGAAAAUAAUGUUGGUCCACAAUUGGAGGUAUUAAAUCGUGUAAAAAAUAUUCCCGUUAUUCAUACGGCUAUGGAGAAGACAGGAUCGACAUAUUCUUAUCUAAAAGAUUCUCAUCAUUUAAUAAACUGGGCACUGAAUUACGCCGAAGUUGGACUUAAUUAUGCUACUGCAACCGCGGUACCAAUCGCAGCGCCAUUAGCGAAGAAAUUUGAAGGACAAAUAAAUGCCGUUGAUCAGAAACUCUGCGAAGGACUCGACAUCGUUGAAAAGAAAGUUCCGAUUGUUAAGAAACCACCGCAACAGAUUUAUGAUGCCGCUAAAGCUGUAAUGUGCAGUUCCCUUCAUCCCACGAUAGAGAAGCUUCAUUCCGCAAAGGCUUCAGCAACUCAACAUGCUUCAGCGCUCAAAGAAAUAAGCAUAGCAAAAACGAACGAAUUAUUGAAUACUCAGUAUGGUAGUAUAGCUGUUCAAGGUGUAGAUAAUACCAGUGUUCUUAUCAAUCGUUUAUUAGACCAUUAUUUCCCUGCUGUCGAUGGAGAAGAGACUGUGCCAAAUCCAAUCUCUGCUGAUGAGAAUAAGGUCUUGCACACUGUACAAACGAUUGGACAAUUGUCUACAAAAACUGCCCAUCGCGUUUAUCAUUCGGUCGUAGCACAAUUGAAAACUAUCAAAAAAGAAGACGUGACAGAAUAUAUGUCUAACAUUGUGUCGAUUCUUCAUUUGGCACAAUUUUUAGCAUCGAAACAGGAACAAACGGAACAAAAGACAAACUCACCUAAGGAAGAAAAAAAAUAAAAGAUAAUUAUAUAAAUUUUGUUAUAUAAAAUAUCUUUUAGAAAAGAAGAUAUUUUUUAGUCUCAUCAUUUACUUACACAUAUAAUUCUGUUCGAUGCAUAAUAUUUAAUUAUGUAUAGAUAUGCACAAUCAAUUAAUUGUUCUAUACUACAAUCAAAGAUAUACGAAUGCCUUUGUGUAUCUUCAAAAUUAUCACAACGUUUCUCAUAAUAUUUAUAUUUACAUAGUAUUUUUCUAAUGUUCGAUUAAUGCCUGACGUACAAUGAAAAAAUCGAAACUCCUAAAUAUAAAAUAUAUAAAAAUU